AUGGAGGACUCUGAGUACGAGCUCUCCAGUGAACCAUCAACAACCACAGCUUCAGGCGACGAAGUAGUUGAUCCAGAUAAGCUACCAACCACUAAAUCGUACGCAAAUAUUCCUAUGCCUAGGAAAAAGAAGAAAGAUCAUAUCAUUUUCCCGAUUAUGACAAUCGUUUUACUAGAACUUAUUCUUCCUAUAUGCUACCUGAUCAACUCAAUCAGUACUCAGUCCAUUAUGGGCUUACUUAAUAUUAUUAUCUUAAUCGUGAAUGUUAUUAUUACAAAUUUAACAAAAAAGAGUAUUACUGGUCACAAGGUAAUCCUCUCCAUUGAACUCGUAUAUAAUAUUAUACUUCUCGCUUGCGCAGCUACCCUUGGAUAUCGCUCCGAUAGACUGACUAACAAGGCUCUUAUUUAUUUAGGCUUAGAUUUCAAUAAUACAGUUGUUAAGAGCCCAUUACUCACAAUUGUUGUCUCAUCAAUCGCAAUUUUCCUUGAAUUAGUUGCCGUUGUUUUCAUUUCUAAGACAAAGCCUGAGCAAAUGAUCAGAUUAAGAGAGAUGUUCUUCGCUUCAAUGGGAUGGAUAUUCUCUGCUGACUUCAUUUGGUGUUUCUGCCUUGCUUAUGCUGGUGCAUCAAACACAUCUUAUCUUUUCAUGCCACUGCUUUUGUAUUUCGUAUAUAUUUCAAUUACUAUGGGUAUCAUUGGUCGUCCAUGCGUACCCCAUAUCAUGCAGUAUGUCGUUUACGGGUAUUCAAUCUUAUAUUCAAUGUAUUUGUUCUAUCAAGUAUCAAAUAUCGGUAAGAUCUACUCCAUAGCAAAUCAAAUUAAAUUCGUCAUGCUCGCUAACAGAAAAUACGAUUACCUUGUGCUUUCCGUGAAUAUUAUUCAAAUUUGGCUUUCUACGCAGCUUUGUUUUGCCUUUAACCGUGCAGGAAAGGCUCCAAAGAUCCCAGCCUUCCUUACAUCAGCAUCAGAUUUUGUCCUCGUAUUUUCAUUCGUCGGCGUUUUAGUAUAUGCAGUUUUCUAUCCAUGUUAUAUCUCUGUUUUAUGGAUUAUCAUCGUAUACAUUACAGCUUUCUUCAAUCUUAACACUGCAAAGAAAGUUUUCUUCAGAGUUAUUUCACUUAUUCACAACUUUUCAUUUUCCUGCAUUUACGUUACACUGGCAGACUUAUAUCCAGAGUCUAAGAUCGCCCCGAAGACUUUAAUUAGGCUUAAUGAAGUUGGUCUUUAUCAUUUCAAGGAUAACUUCACAUACACUCUUCUUGGCUUCUUCCUUGCAGCCAUCCUUGCUCAAAUUGGCCGUAUCAUCCACUACAAGGACGACCAAGAAGAAAACGAACAAGAAAAUUACAAUAAUUUGCCAGAUGUCGUUGAAAAGCCAAAAGAAGAGAAGAAGGAGUUUUUGAUUGUCAAGGGCAUCAAGCUUUGCUUCAAAUGGAUCAAGUUAAUCGUUGUUUUCAUCUUCAAAUAUUUCACAGCAGCCGCUAUCAUCAUUUUAGCGCUUACAUACGGUUAUGCCGAGAACCAGAUUAUCUACCACAUUGUUUGGCUCAUUGCUUUGUGCAUUUCCGUUCUUGGUAUUUAUUAUCGUAUCAUCUUUGAGUUCAUUAAGUUCUUCAUUGGCAUCACUAUCAUCACUGCUACAUUCUUUGAAGCCAAUGGACUCGAUUUCCAUAACAUUGAUGACUUCCUUCGCAAGACAGGACUUGCAGUUCCAUCUGGCUACACAUUAGCCGGCUAUUUAUGGCCAUACAUGGUUAUUCUCUUCCUUACUGUUAUAUGUACUAACAUGUCCGAUCCAAUUUUCUCAUUACCACCUACAGGAGCCACAUUAG